GUUAUAGAUUUGACCCGGAAGUUAUUGCGAGAUGGUCAAAAAGUUGCCGUCAUUCGAGUUUGAAAACAGUUGGGAAUGUUUUUGGUUAAAUGAACACUCGGGCUUCACUUUAAUUUACUGCCCUCUAAAACUGCGGUCAAGUGAGCCGUCAUUCGUCUUCGCGUGGUCAAGUGAGCCGUCAUUCGUUUUUAAGUGCGUCCGUGCAGUCGAACUUACGGUGAUAAUGACUGAGGUAGUAGUCAGCAUGCCCCUGAAUUCAACUGUACCAACCAUUGUCAGAACUUAUGGGCCAAAGUUAUUUUAUUGUACAGUAAAAAUCUAAAUAAAUAUUUCGUUCAAAAGCUUCUGGACAAUGUGACCCAAUGUCUUAAAAUCAGCACGAUUAUUGCACUUUUAUUAGUAACGUCUUAUUUUGAAAACCGACUUGCUCGGUAUGAAACUAUCGCUGACAUUCUCAGUCGACCGUAAGUUCGACUACAAGGGCGCACGAAUGACGGCUCACUUGACCGCAGUCCUCUUAAGUCAUUAAGGAAAAGAAUGUCCACGAAUACGUCCACGAAACGUCAUAAAAACUUUACAGCAUCAUCUUUCCUCUCUCUUCACCACCACGACUGGACGUCUGUCUCCAUGACGAGGAUCCCCUGCUGUGAAGGUGGAUGUGUCUCCUCACCAUGGCGGCAGCAGCAGAUGUACCGGUAUGUUACCACGAUGCCAUCAGCAAGGAGGAGUGCGAGAAACUCCUGGGGAAGAAGAACAAGGACGGGGCUUACCUGAUCCGAGACAGUGAGACCAUCAAGGGAGCCAAGUGUCUCUGUGUCUAUAAAAAAAAGGUGGUGUACACAUACAGAGUGCUUCAGACACACACUGGACAAUACACUCUCCUGGCAGCAGGUGGUAUGCAAGAGACAUUUUUCAAGAGUCUGGACGAUCUGAUUCUUCACUAUAAGAGGAGGAACCAGGGUUUGGCCAUGCACCUGCGCCAUUCUGUGAAAAGGAAGACGGCCUUGUUGAUCCGGAGUCCCAUACCACCUGAACAUUCACCCAAAGAAGCGCCACAAGAGAAUGAAUAUGAAAACUAUUCAGAUUCUGAGUACGUCGAAGUUCUGCCUGAACUAACACAAUGACAAACAUUGGUUCCGCAUGUUUUUGGACUGUGAGAGGAGAAGACCCAGUGUGCAGACAGAGAGAUUCUCUCGGUACAUCCAGGAUUCAAAUGAAGAACCCUGUUAUUGUGAGGCCCUUUGGGCGAACACUUGUUUCCUGUCGACAUAUUGUAGUAACCUUACAAGUGUCAAAAGCAGAGCGGUGACACUGCACACAGGAAAUGAAUUGUGGCUUUGAAAAUAAUCUUUACUCUUAAUUUAAGGGUGGACUCUUGAUUUGGCUCGUUGAGACCAAAGACUCACAGGUUUUGUUGUUGUAAUGUGAUGAUACAGAGAUGAGGUUUUACUCACAAUAUCUGUGUUUAUAGUUGUGAAAGUGUUAUUAUGAUAUUUUAUUUACUCCAUGAAAUACAUUUGCUCGUAAGGUUGCAUUCUUCUCCAUUUUACUAUUCAAUUAUUUCAUUUCCUGUGAAUUGUGCAAUGAUUGUCACAAAAUGUCACCUUUUUUUGUAUCUUUUUACCGUUUUGUUGUUUCCUGCAAAGCCAUCUUUAUGCAUAUUUGUCUGUGUGGCCAUCAGACUUCCUGUUGUCUUUCACACCAAAAUAUGAGCCACAUGUAUUUGUUUUUUGUUCUCACGCAUAAGUGCUUCACUAUUGGAAUAUAUAUAUAUAUAUUUUUUUUUUUUGAUGGAG